UUCAUUCUCUUCUGCCUUGGAGACUUCCUGGAAUAAUGAAGGCCAGAGUUUUUCUUCUCCUGCUAGGAGCUGCCUGCAACCUGGCCUCCAACUCUUUGUAUACCGCACCAGAUUCCUGCAAAGGGCGAUGUAACGAAAAAUACAACCCCCAAGAUGUCUGCCAUUGUAAUGCUAAAUGUGGAAAGUAUCAGAACUGCUGUGAUGACUACCACGUCCAUUGUGGACAGGGUGAGUAGCAUUCCCAAAUGAUUAUUACCUCUCACACAGGUGGAUUCUCCAGGAGCGAUGAUGCCAUAAGUGAGGAGGAGCUGCAAAAGGUAUCUGAGCAACUUUACCAAAGUGACAGCAACAAAGCGGAGGAGUCUGACAUCACCCUUAACAAGCAGGACUUAACAUCCCAGACUAAGGUCGAGGAGGAUCAGUGCCCAGAACCACUAUUCUCGUCCGUCAAUGAAGAGAAGCUCUUUUCCAAGCCAACUUAUGCCAGCUUCAUUAAGCUGCUCGAUAAUUACCAAAAGAAGGUUGGAAAGGGAGAAGAGUUCACCGCUGAGCAACUGCAGGAGCAGGAUCAUUUCCUGGAGGAGAUCAUGAAGACCGAGGUCAUGAAGGAGCUUUACAGGUUCCUUCAUGACAAGAAUCGUUACAGCACGGAGGCUGAGUUCAUCGCUGACUUAAAGGAGAUGUGGUUUGGCCUUUACUCCAGGGGAAAUGAGGAGGAGGACUCCAGUGGCUUUGAGCAUGUUUUUCUAGGAGAAAUCAAGAAAGGAAAAGUGUCUGGAUUCCACAACUGGAUUAGUUUCUACCUGCAGGAGAAAAAGGGCCUCGUCAAUUAUCUCAGCCACAAUUUCGAUGGACCGUGGACCUCAUACCCGGAUGUCCUGGGGAUGCAGUUCAGCUGGGAUGGAUAUUACAAGGAAGUUGGAACAGCCUUCAUUGGAAGCAGCCCUGAGUUCGAAUUUGGCCUCUACUCACUGUGCUACAUUGCUAGACCUGGAAAAGUGUGCCAUCUGAAACUUGGGAGUUACAAUCUGGGUAUCCAGACAUACACCUGGGAUAAAUCCACCUAUGGGAAUGGGAAAAAGUGCAUCGCCACAGCUUACGUGGUGACCCCAUGAGAAGGCAAGAUGCUGACUGAGAAGGAACAUCCUGAAUGACCAGGUCUGCCCCUUCUGGCAUGGACUCCUGCUCU